AUGAAGCGCUUCCGCCACAAGCGGGCCGCCGGCGCGGUGCGCGUGGGGGCCGAGCCGCCAGCGAAGAUCCCGAUCCGCAUUGAGCGACCUCGCCUCCAAGCCACGCCGCCCGCCAAAUACGACGUCCAGCCGACGAGUCCCGGCGUAAACCUUGGGGACACCGAGGUGCGGCAACUGUGGCAGUCGUUGGAGGCCGUCACGAUGGAGCUCGAGUUUGCAGCGGCCGUCACCGCGGCCACCAAGGAGCGCCACGCGUGCGAGAAAGCCUACUGGGCAACCGUCCUGAGCGCGCGCGACGCGACGAUCGCGGCCCAGACCCAGCUACUGCAGCGUCUCUGCACCGCUGCCGCCAGCCAAAACAUGCACAUUUUGGACGCCGUAAUCCUCGACCUGGCACCGUUCACCGUCCAGCGCGCCAUGAGCACGGCCGCGGCCUCGGGCGAGGCCACGAUCGACGGCUUCGCCAAGAUGCACGCGCCCAAGCUCUCGCUCUUCGGCCUCCACGCCAAGUACGCCAACGCGCUCUACUCGGUCGCCUCCAAGCAGAACGUGCUUGAGGCCGUCGAGGGCGAGCUCAAGACGAUCCAUGAGGAGAUCGCCAAGAACCCGACCUUCGCCGAGUUCCUGAAGGACCCGACGAUCGCGCGUGGCGAGAAGAAGGCCGACAUUGCCAAGGUCAUGGACGCCGCCAAGUUCUCCAAGCCCGUCUCGGGUUUGUUCACGGUCCUUGCCGAGAACGGCCGCCUCGGCGACGCCAAGCACGUCAUUGCGGCGUACAACCGCUUGAUGCGCGCCCACCGUGGCGAGGUCCAGGCCAAGAUUACGUCGGCCGACCCGUUGACGAAGGAGCAGCUCGCGCAGGUGCAGACCGCGUUGAAGGCCCGCAUCCAGAAGGGCGAGACGCUCCUCUUGGAGACGGUCGUCGACCCGACGAUCCUUGGCGGCCUCAAGGUCCAGAUCGCCGACCUCUUUAUCGAUCUCUCGCUCUCGACCAAGAUCGAGAAGAUUCACAUGAUCCUCUCGACCCGUCAAUAA